ACGAGUCUUGGUGUCAACAUGGGGACGGCCACACUGAGGGUGGUCAGUUUGAUCGCGACGGUUUUUGUGUUGAUGGCAUUUGUGGUGGAAAAUGGGAGUGGUUCCAGGAUAUUGGCGAUUUUUCCGUCGCCGGCGAAUAGUCACCAGAUAGUGUUUCGGGCGAUAGUGAAGGGACUGUUGGAGCGGGGACAUCACGUGACAAUGAUGGGUACGGAUCCGAUCGAGACAGACAAUCCGAAUAUUACGCAAAUUGAUUGGAGCUUUGCACACAAGAUUAUCGUGGAAAACAUAGAUGUGGCCAAGUUGAGGCAGGAAAAUUGUAAAACGCUGACGAUUUCGAAGCAACUGUUACAUGUUACGGAAAUGUUUGUGCGUGCUGAGAUGAACCAUCCGGAUGUUCAGCAGUUGAUCCGGAAUGCUGGUGAUGAGCAGUUUGACGUUUUGAUAGUGGAAUACUUCCAGAUGACGCCGUUCUUCGCGUUCGCUGAGCUGUUCAACGUGCCUAUGAUUGGAGUGACGUCGAUCGACUCGAUCUCGCAAGCCCACGAGGUCGUCGGAAACGUGGUGAAUCCUGUGAUCCAUCCGGAAAUAAGUCACAAGUUUUCCGUAAAUUUGAACUUUUUCCAACGGAUUGAUGCGUUAUUAACGAAGAUUUUCAUUGAUCACAUUUUGUUCCCCGGAGAGUUUGCCAAGUACGACGAAAUCAUAGAGCAAAACUUUGGCAGUAACAUGUCCAAAUCGUACGAGCUGAUGAACCGUGUCGAUUUCCUCAUGACCAACGUAGAACCAGCAAUGGGCUUCAUCCGACCGAUCGUCCCCCAAGCGAUUCAGCUCGGCUUUCUUCACAUCGAGCCCCCAAAACCCCUUCCCACGGACCUCCAACAGUACUUGGACCGAUCACGCCACGGAGUGAUCUACUUUAGCCUCGGAACACUCAUCCGCAGUUCCUCGGUCAAUGCCAAAAACACCAAGAUCUUCUUGGACGCGUUCAAGUCGCUCAAAUACGACGUACUGUGGAAGUACACCCAAAACUGGCAGCGCUAGUACGAGAGAAUGAUGGUCUCGAGUCGAGAGAAUAGUGGUACCAUU